AUGCACAACGUGCCGCACCCGAAAGGUGAAAUGCGACGAGAUAGCGCCCAUCUGCGGACGAUGCUCCAAGACUCGCCUGAGAUGCGAUUGGAACCAACCCGUUCGACAGAAAGUGUGGUUAGCGAUCGUGCCCGGCCGAGCUUUACAUCUUCAUCGCCCAGACUGACCCUGGACGUACCAUCGCCUGUGAACUUUGUCCCCUCGGCACUACCAACAGCACAUAUUCCCCUUUCCAACUCCUUACAGCUCACUCUGCAGGAUCAGCAAUCCUUCAUGUACGUCCGGGACUCUGUCAUGGUCCUCCGAAUUGGCAAGCCAUUCCAAUGGAGCAGCCUGUCUUACAUCUACUUGAAUAUUGCAAGCAAGUACGCAGGUGUGAUGAGAAUCUUUAUUGCUGGGGCUUCCAUGGAGCUACGAUCGAAAACCCUCCUCGACCGGCACGAUGGGACAUUGUCCUCUGACCAAUACGAGCGGGCCCGCCGGUUGGAACACUCCGCGAGAAGCCACUAUCACCUCGCUCUGAAAGAUCUGUCCGCUUUGGUGGAUCACAUAUCCUUCUCGGGGGGUAGCGAUGACGACGUCAAUGCCCUCUUUGCCAUGUGGUUCCUGAUCCUCCAUUUUGGACUGUAUGACUCGCAAAGCAUUGGAGCUUCUCACGUACAUCUGGAAGGAAUUCGAUCUUUUCUCCAGCCGUAUUUGAAGUCGUGCAGGGAGCAGGACAAGACGACCCUACCCCUAGCGUCUCAGCAAUUGUUGUACUACAUAUCGUACAUGGACAUUUAUCUCGCAUUUAGCAGUAUGGCGGGUGGGAGACUGUGGAUGGAUUUGCUUUCAGAAGACGCGGACUCCCCAGUCUCUUAUGAUGGGCUUUUCUACAGCGCCAGAUCCUGUCUUCCCAAGUUGUGGGGCACCCAGUAUCCAAUCUCCGAAUUACUCGACGACCUGGAGAAUUACCGACCUCUUCACUUCUUGCACUUGUGCCAGAAGCCAAAACUCAGCAUCCUGAAUCUGGCUACCUCUUCAGACAUGGGCCGCAGUGACAGGGCCGGCCGGCAACAGCUGUGGAAGGAGCUGACCAAGCUGGGAGACGAGUUUGCUGAUGUCCUCGCAUUGGCCGAUAAGGUCGUCGACACCGGCACGAGGAGACUCAUAUGGACUGUCUACCACGCAAGCCUAGAGUUCUAUGCUCUGCAAGUGUUGUACUCCUCCCUGGAUCCUGAUGAUGAGUCUCCACCCUGGCUGGACCGGGUAGUAGCAACUGUCACCAGUAUUGGAUACAAGGCCGUGAAAGAAGAUCCCCGGCAACUGUAUCGUCUGGUCUGGCCACUCGCUAUUGCGAUGAUACGGACCAGAGACUUAGUUCAUCGCGACUGGCUCAAAGACCAGCUCUUGAGAGCACAAAUCCUCCUCCCUAGCUUUGGCCUCCCUGGGUCGGACUGGGACGGUAAAGGCUUGCUCGGCCAGCUUCUUCUCGAAGCAAAUCGCACAUGCCAUACGGUAGCCACGACGGCCGAUCAACGGCUACUGAAAGGUUAA